AUGGUAUCGUCAUUCUAUUGGGGGGGCGGGCCCGGAGAUCGACGUCAUCAAAUCGCGCUUACCUCUCCCUCUUCCCCCUUCCUCCCCUCCCCCCACCCCGAAAUGAGGCUGGGCUCCGAGGGUCGCCCCUCUGCGGCCGCAGCUGGAAUUGCGCGCGUGCGCACGAGGAGGCAGUGCGAUUCCUCAAUGGAGUGGGAGGCGGGGCCGGCGCAGGCACAGAAGGAGGAGGAGAAGGAGCAGGCUGAGGCAGCAUGGAGAGGUCUUGGGGGAGCAUCAACGCCGCCGGCGGGGGCUGUGGCGGCGGGGAGGUGGGAAGAACUCUGCGUGGGGAAGAGUCAGCCCCCACCCCGGGCUUCUGACCCCCGCUCCCGGCGGGGCCCUGUGACAAGCCCUGGAGCCCCUGACUCCCUCCAGCCCCAGACCCCGGGACCCUGCCUCAGCUUGGCCAGGAGUGUCGCUAGUGGAAGGGAAGCCCCUUGGAGCUACCGCAGGUGGAAAGCGCUGCCCACCCCCAGUCAGGAAACUCCAGUGGCUCCCCAUCCUUUCCCCCCAGCAUCAAAUAGAAAAGCCUCGUACUCAGCGAUCCGGGGACACUUCACCAGCCGCCCCCACCCCCAAUUCCUGGCAUUCUGUCUCUCCUGGCUUUCCCGACUUAAGGGGCCUCAAAGUGACGAAGGCUCAGGAGUUUCUUUUAGUUUCUCAGUGUUUAACUUAAUGAAUGCCAUCAUGGGAAGUAGCAUCCUUGGUCUAGCCUACAUUAUGGCCAAUACAGGUAUUAUUGUAUUUAGUGUCAUGCUGCUGAUAGUGGCUAUUCUGGCUUCUUACUCAGUUCAUCUUCUUCUUACUAUGUGUAUUCAGACAGCUGUCACAUCUUAUGAAGACCUUGGUCUUUUUGCAUUUGGAUCACUUGGAAAGGUGGCUGUGGCAAGUACGAUAGUUAUUCAGAAUAUUGGAGCUAUGUCAACUUAUCUUUUAGUUAUUAAAACUGAACUUCCUGGUGCAAUUUCACAAUUUCUAACUGGAGACUAUAGUGGGUCUUGGUAUCUUGAUGGAAGACUACUGCUGGUAAUUAUAUGCGUCUGCAUUGUUUUCCCCCUUGCACUUCUUCCUAAAUUAGGCUUUCUUGGCUACACAAGUAGUUUAUCAUUUUUCUUUAAGGCGUUCUUUGCUUUUGUGGUUAUAGUGAAAAAAUGGUCCAUCCCUUGUCCACUGACACCCAGUCAUGGAGAGGAAUUCUUCCAGAUUUCAAAUAUCACAGAGGAGUGUAAACCAAAGCUUUUUCACUUCUCCAAAGAGAGUGCUUAUGCCAUUCCAACUAUGGCAUUUUCAUUUCUCUGCCAUACUUCAAUAUUGCCCAUAUACUGUGAGCUUCGAAGACCUUCUAAGAGCCGAAUGCAGAAUGUAACCAACACAGGCGUUGCUUUAAGUUUUCUCAUUUAUUUUAUAUCAGCAUUAUUUGGGUACCUCACUUUUUAUGAAAAAGUGGAGUCUGAAAUACUGCAGGGUUAUAGCGUAUACUUGCCGCAUGAUGUUGUUGUCAUGGCUGUGAAGUUAUGCAUCCUGUUUGCUGUGCUCUUGACAGUCCCUCUAAUCCAUUUCCCUGCAAGGAAAGCAAUAAUAAUGGCAUUUUUUCCUAAUCGCCCAUUCUCGUGGAUUCGUCAUUUUUUGGUCACUUUAGCACUCAAUAUUAUCAUUGUUUUACUUGCACUGUAUGUUCCUGACAUUAGAAAUAUAUUUGGUAUAGUUGGUGCCAGUACCUCAACAUGUUUGAUUUUUGUGUUCCCAGGAUUAUUUUAUCUUAAACUCAGUAGAGAGGAUUUUAUAUCACAGAAGAAGCUUGGGGCUUCUGUAUUGUUUCUCUUUGGAAUUCUUGUUGGGACUUUGAGUUUUGCACUAAUCAUUUUCGAGUGGAUUAAUAAAUAAAAGAAUCAUCCUUAA